UGCUGAGGCAUUUCAGACAGCAAAGAAGCGUAAAAGAAGAGAUGACGGGAAAGAAUUUAUCACAAAAAAGUUGAAAAACAUGGAUAAAGAGGAAAAGAAGCUCCCCUCCACCAUGGAAAAAAGAUGCAAUGCAAAUGUUAUGGUAGGGAGGACUAUAUUGACGGGGGAAAAUGCCCUCAUGUGCCACCAAUGCCAGAGGAAAGACAAAGGAAGGGUGGUCUGGUGUCAGUCAUGCAAGAAAAAGCGAUUCUGUGUGCCAUGCAUAGAACUAUGGCUGCUAACAGGAAGGAGUCAAGUGGUAACUUCCUAUAUUGUCCUGUUGCUACUGGUAUCCAGGAUGAUGACCUAGCGCACUUUCAGAUGCAUUGGGCAAAGGGUGAGCCAGUUGUUGUUUCUGAUGUCCUUCAGUUAACAUCUGGUCUGAGUUGGGAGCCAAUGGUAAUGUGGCGGGCAUUGCGGGAAAGAACCAAAGGCAAAGCAGAAGAUGAGCAAUUUGCUGUUGUCGCAAUAGAUUGCCUUGAUUGGUGUGAGGUGGAAAUUAACAUACAUAUGUUCUUUUCGGGAUAUACAACAGGCAGAGCUCAUCCUAGGACUCACUGGCCUGAGAUGCUUAAGCUAAAAGACUGGCCUCCUUCUAGCUCCUUUGACAAGCGACUGCCUCGCCAUGGUGCUGAAUUUAUUAGCGCACUACCAUUUCCUGAGUAUACGGAUCCAAGAUAUGGUCCGCUAAAUCUCGCAGUCAAGCUUCCUGCUGGUGUCUUGAAGCCAGAUCUUGGACCCAAAACUUACAUUGCUUAUGGGUUUCACAAAGAGCUAGGCAGAGGUGAUUCUGUGACCAAGCUUCACUGUGACAUGUCUGACGCGGUAAAUAUCUUAACACACACAGCUGAAGUGACUUGUCAGACUAAUCUUUGCCAAAUUGAAAAAAUCCAAAAAGCCAUGCGAGCGCAAGAUGUUCAGGAAUUAUACGGGGGUCUAGAAUCCAGCAUGGAGCUUAGGCUAUCACAAUCUCCAAUUGAAUACAGGGAUAAAGCUGUUGAUGAAGCACGUGAUAGUAGGGAAGACAAUGAUGCCAAUAAAUGCAGUUUUACUGGUUUGGAUAUCAAUGCUUUACCACCUGAUGAUUCUGAAGGCGAUACAAGGGAUGAAGUGUUAUAUCCUGAAUCUGUUUCACGAAGUAAACUAGAGCAGUGCCCAGAUCGCAGUAAUGAGGUCAACACAUCUCAUAAGACGCAUAACGGAUGCCAUUUCAGUUCAGAUGACAUUGGCAUGGGACAGCAUGGAAAGAGAUUUAGAGGUGGAACUCUCAAUGAAGUUGGCACCGAAUCUCAAGAAGAGAAACCUGAAAAGGUUGAUUGCAAUGGCACUGAUAAAAAACAAAUUUCUAAAGGCAUUCAAGAAAAAGCUGUCGUGGGGGAAGGCUCAGAGCAACAGAACACUGGUGGUGCUUUAUGGGACAUUUUUCAUAGAGAGGAUUCGGAGAAAUUACAAGAUUAUCUUAGGAAGCAUUCGUCAGAGUUCCGGCAUAUUCACUGCAAUCCAGUGAAGCAGGUUAUUCACCCGAUUCACGACCAGACUUUCUACUUAACUGCAGAGCAUAAGAGAAAGCUCAAGGAAGAAUAUGGUGUUGAACCCUGGACAUUUGAGCAGAAGCUUGGUGAAGCAGUUUUCAUUCCCGCUGGAUGUCCUCAUCAAGUGAGAAAUUUGAAGUCCUGCAUUAAAGUUGCACUGGACUUUGUUUCCCCUGAAAACAUUGGCGAGUGUGUCAAGUUGACUGGGGAGUUUAGACGACUUCCUUCUUCCCACAAAGCUAACGAAGAUAAACUAGAGAUCAAGAAGAUGGCUCUUCAUGCUCUGAACGAAGUUGUGAACUUUUUGGAUCCUUGUACCUCAGAAGGGUUGGAGAGCGGGGCUGGUGAGGCCAGCAACGUAGCUAAAUCUGUUGAUGAGAAGCCACCGCCGCUGAAAAGGCAGGGCGGUCGCCAAAGUGGUGAAGUGUCGCAAGGAGACGAUCCGAAGAGUGAAGAAGGCGGUGGCAAAGGGAGCGAUGAAGCUGCCGCCGUGAAUAAUGAGCCUAAGAGGCGCUCUCGCAAGCGUGGAGGUUGAUGGGUUAAGUUUGGACUGGGGAUGAUGCAUUUUGGGAGCAGCGCUUGUAGGCAGAGUAGGUGAUGAGAGGAAUGGCGUUAUGGUGAUGGCCGGCUGAUUAGUCACCGCAGACGCCAUUAGGGUGUCUGAGUUUUGUUGAUGUACGGUGAUCGCCGGUUGGCACCGACAUGGACGGAGAGUCAUUAGUUAAGUAGCCACUAGCCAGUAGGUGAGAAACAGCAGCGCAGAUUGAUGGAGGAUGCUGCGGAUACCAUUCAUUCUUAAUUUCCAUCAUUCAUUCAUUAGUGCAAUGCGACUGGCCUGUAGUCCUGGUAGAGAGUUCCAUGGAUGGAUUCAA